GAAGAAAAAGAAAAAAUUCUCGCGGUUAAAUUUGUAGAUUAUAAUUCUUGGGAGGUCAAGGAAGGGAGUGGACUCUACCGAAGUUUUUUUACUAAUUUUGACGAAUAUCUAAAACCAUUAAAUUCGGCAAAAAAUGAUUAUUUGUUAGUUGCUACCAGCCGUCCAGAAACUAUUUUUGCCGAUGUGGCCUUAUUUAUUAAUCCCCACGACCAGCCGGAUGAAAGCAUUAAAAUUGAUUUUGGUAGCGGAGUUUUGAAAUGCACUCCGGGGCAUGACUUUACUGAUUAUGAGUUAGGAAAAAAAUACCAAUUGCCAAUAAUUAAUUGUGUCAAUGAAAAGGGUAUAUUAAACGAAUUAGCAGGACCGUGGCAAGGACAAGAAAUUAGUAGCAUUCGCGAAGAAUUUGUGGCUAAAUUAGUGGAAAAAAAAAUCUGUGUAAAAAUUGAGGAGUAUGAGACCAACUUGGCUUAUUCUUCUAAAUCAGGAGCGGUAAUUGAACCCCUGCUUUCUCAACAGUGGUUUUUGGAUUUACCAGCCUUAAUUAAGGAAAUAGAAAAAAAACAGCCUAAUUUCUUGUCAAAAAUAGAGUUCAUGCCUAAUCAAUUCCAAAAAAAAAUUGCGGAUUGGAAAAACAAAACUCAUGAGUGGUGCAUUUCCCGCCAAUUAUGGUGA